AUGUUUCCCGCGAUUCCACGUCAGGCUCUGAAUUAUGUACGGCAACUGAGCAAGCGCAUUUCCACUGUUCACAUUGUGUCCCCGAGUUUGGAAGAGGGGUGAGUGGUACAUAGCUGUUUGUGGAGGUAUCAAAAAUUUGUCAACUGAUAAAUUGUUCAAAAAGACAUUGCGCACAUUUUGUUAGUUGACAAUUUUUUGAUAUCUGCACGCUCGGCUGAGAUACGGUGUCUCAAAGACAGGGAACAUUUUAGAAGUUGCUAUGCAACCGCAUUCGAGGUGCUUAACGCCAAAACUCAAGUGCACACGAGUCUGGAGCACAUAAACGACGUCCGAAAUGUCGAUGUACUCAUUUUCAACAACGCCCUCUACCAGGUAAUCAGUGUCAGUGAAAAGAACGGGAACGAACGAGAGAUAGGGGAGAACGAAGCAAACUAUAAACUACACAAAACUUUUGCAGACUGUGGCCAACGCCGAUCUUCUCACCGACGUUUUGAAGAAGGCGACGAACAUUGUGGCCACCGACGGAAUCGUCAUUUUCCGCGAGGAUUUGAGUAAGUUAGCUCAGGAGGAUUCAACAGCUCUAUGGUUUUUUUUCCAGAAAACGCCGAGAAGCAUCAGGUGGCCCGCCUGACCGACUACUUUGACGUGUUCCGAACGAUCGAUUCCGAGGGAAACCACGCGGGACUGGAUUUGUACACGGUGGAUCAAGUGGACAAUUCGCUGUGCGUCGAGCACAAUUUCCUCGAUUUCAUGUUCGUUUUCCGCAAAAAAGUGUUCGCCGCCACGUCUUCCGACACGACCGUCACCUUCCGUGAUUUCCUCGACAAAACGCAGUACACUUCGACGGGAAUCGACGUGUACGAAUGGAUGUUCGGGCGGGGAUUCAUCUGUCCGGGCGGAGAGCCGGAGCAUCUGAGCAUUCUGAACAGGUUCGGCGGGUUCCGGCACGGACAGGCCCUUCUGGACAUUGGCGUGGGCACGGGCGGAGGGGCCAAACAGGCCGCCGAGCAGUUCGGACUGAACGUGCACGCCGUGGAUCUGUCGGCCAACAUGCUGGCGAUAGCGCUGGAGAGAGUACAGGAGGAGAAGGACGCGAGGCUCCGCUACUCGAUCACCGACGCGCUCGUUUACCGCUUCGAGGAGGAGUCGUUCGAUUUUGUGCACUCUCGCGACUGUAUCCAACAUAUUCCCGACGUUGAGCUACUGUUCGCCAAAGUUUAUGUAAGUUUUAUCGAAAAACACGAAUAGUAGCAAAAAACGUACAUUAGUUCUUUACAGAAGGCUCUGAAACCCGGCGGCAAAGUCCUUAUGACAAUGUACGGAAAAGGGAAGGGCGAACAGAGUGCCAAGUUCAAAGAGUACGUGGCAAAAAGAGCGUACUUUCUGAGGACACUCGACGAAAUCGCCGAGAUUGCGAAGAAAGCUGGAUUUGUGAAUGUGGAGACCGAGAAUCUGACGCCGAGAUUCAAGGAAAUUCUUCUCGAGGAAAGGAAUCAUCUCAAUCGGAACUCUGAAGAGUUUCUCACGGUAAAUUCACUCUUUUCGGGUCCUGAUUUGAGGGUUUCAUCAUUCAGAAGUUCACGCAACGCGACAUGGACUCGUUGAUCUGCGGAUGGACGGAUAAACUCGGAUACAUCGAGGCGGACAACCACAACUGGAACUUUCUCCUUGCUCAGAAACCACUAAAUCAUUGUGCCACCGCAAAUACCGUACAUUCAGGGCAGGAUAUCUCAGCUGUCGGUAAUGGUAUCAAAAAGUUGUAA